CGCUCAGCCUAUCACUGACCACAACAGCACGUCAUGGAUCUUGGACUGCGAGGAGUGCAUGUCAUUGUUACAGGGGCAAGUGGCAGCAUCGGGCUAGAGACUGAGCUUCUGGCGUCGAACCCCAAUCUUCAACAUGUCCAGGCGAAUCUCUCUCGGGAGGAGGCCGUAGUGGCUAUGUUCGAAUCGCUAGCUGCUAUGCCUCAUGGACCCGUACAAGUGGUGAUCGUCAACCACGCUGUAUAUCCGACUCCAGAUGUUCCAAUUGCAAGGAUGACAGAGUAUUUGAAGCACCUUGAACGCGCACCCUCUAGUAUCAAGGAAAAGGCGGCGAUUGUGCUUAUCGGAAGUACUGCUGGGAAGUAUGGCGAAGCCAAUCACGGUGACUACUCUGCGACGAAGAGCGCAAUGAUGUACGGUUUGAACCUUACUCUCAAGAAUGAAAUCGUGAAGAUAGCUCCCAAAGGCAGAGUCAACUGCAUUGCGCCUAGCUGGGUCAAGACACCCAGGACUGAAAAAACCUUGAAGGAUCCUCAAAUAAUGUAUCGUGCAUUGGCUACGAGGCCGCUUAAGAAGGUGGCGAUGCCGAUCGACGUCGCGACACAGAUAGUAGUCCUUGCAUCAUCCACUCUCUCCGGUCAUGUCACUGGUCAAGUAGUGAUGGUUGCAGGCGGAAUGGAGGGAAGAUUGCUAAACAGACCAGAAGAUU